AUUGUUCUUUAAUCAACAGGAAUUUAUAAGCGGAUGAUGAGUGACAAACGAUAUGGUUUAACUGUUAAUCUUUUAGCGACCAAAGUAUUACCUUCCCUGACUCCUGUGGUGGUUUCACCGACUCUUAAACUCGAAGAGUUUUCCCUGUUAGUCAAAUUGUUACAAGAAAUGCUGGAACAUGUUGCUCGUAACCAGCGAAAUAAACUAAAACUCGAACGUCUAUCGAUGCCGUCAAAUGAUGGAAGAAUGCAACUUCAUCGUAAUUUAGAUCAACCCAUUGGCUAUCCUCAUCGACCUCCUUGCCUUAGACUGGAAACUCGUCGAACCUCAAUAUCGGUUGACGAUGUUGUCCGACGUACAACCUCUUCUGGAGCCUCCAGUCCUGACAUUAAUUUACUUCAGGUUCAAGGUAACCUUCCAGGUCGUCGUCAUUCAGAUAACACCAUUCAACCUCCAAGGAUAUUGAUUGCUCCCUCCAGUCCAACAGGUUCCGGUUCCAUGUCAAGACGAUCAAGCUUUGCCAAUCUUCACUUUCGUCGUCAUUCAAGUGCAAAUCCAAACGAUCCUAAAUACAACCAAUCAAUUUUUUCUGCUUACAGUUUCAAGCCUUCCCAAGGGAUUGACUUUUUCAUUCCAAGUUUAUCAAAUGCAAAUCGAAGUCCCAAUCACCAAUCAUCUUCACCAGUUGGUGGUCGUCGUUACUCAACUGCAGCAGUUUUCAAUCAAGGAACCAACUCGACACCUUCAAGUCUCCUUCAAACACUCGGCUCUGGUAUGCAACAACUUUUUGGUAAAUAAAGCUCUCAAUACAUUUGGAUUAUUUGAUAUUUCCAGCAACUUGAACAAUUGCUUAUUAAAACUUGAUCAACUCCUAGUCCCAAUGAAGCUCACUGGAGGACAAAAUGCGGCCAAUUUCAAUUGUUGAUCAAGAAGGCAAAGCGAGAAAAGUUUAAUUACAAUUUUCUUCUUCUUCUCCAUCAUCUUCUUCUUGGCUAACCUGGCAUCAAUUAACAUUUUAAAGGUAAACCUGGAAAUGGUCAACAUGGUCAACAAGAGCUCACUUGAAGCAACGAAGCAACACAUUAAUUAACUUCUUAACCAUUUAAUAAUAAUUUAUUCAAAUUAUGUUGUUAUAUACAUAAAUAUUAUUGCUCCUGGUUUAUUGACUAAAGGAGUAAAGUUGAAAAAAAGUGAGAAAACAUCUCAACUAAUCAAGGCAAUUACAUUUAAUCAAAAACUAAUUAACAUUGAGCUAAUCUAAAGUUAGAUUUAUCAUUAACUUUUUAAUCAACGUUAAUCCAACAGUAAAUUGUUUCUUAAUAUGCAAUUCAUCAAGAGCUAUUAGAUGAGCAACACUUUAACUUGUAAAUUAUUGCUUUGCUUUUACAACAAAACUCCAACAUUAAGUAACCAGAUUUUGGGUUUGAUUUGGGUUUAACCUCAACCCAUUUGAUUAAAUGUUGAGUCAACUUUUCUGGUUUAACUUCAAGACUUUACUUUUAGAUCAAUUUAAAUUGUAGUUAGAAUUCAAUUAAUGAUCAGCACUUUGAUUUAUCUCAUUUUUCCCUGUCAUCUUAACCAUUCCUCAUGAACAUUCCAUGAUCAGGUGAAAUCAAUUUUGUUGAUUAAAUCCUGUCUAUUCUUGGAUCCAUUUACCUCAUAAACCAGGUUAAUAAUGAUGAUAUUUUUUUUGCUGUUCCUUGAGCAAAGAAAGAAAAAAAAAUGAUGAAAAAGAUUGAACUUCAUAUUCAUUUCCAUUGGAAUCCUAUUCAUUUUUCCAUCUUUCCAUCAUCAUGAUCAUCAAGAUCACUAUUUAAGCUCUCGAUAUAUAUACAUAAAUAGAAAUAUAAAUAUUAAGAAAUGAGAAGAAGCAAAAUUAUUAUUAUACAAUGAUAAAUAUUAUUAUCUGUUCAGAUGAUGAUGAAUUCAGUGAAGCUGAAACAAUUAUUGUUACUAUGGGAACAUAUAUAUAUAUAAAUGAGUAAAAUUCAUUUCUUUUUUUUGAUGAAACAUGAUUUUACCUGGAAAAUGUUGUGUUGUUUGAAAAAUUGUUUUCCUUUGCUCUUUAUUUUGACCCAUUUAAAUGAUUACUCUUUGUUAUUGAACAGCAAACAUUUAAAUCAUCAGCAUCACUGUGAUGCAUAUUAACUUGAUCAUCUUCAUUGCCAUAAUCAGUUGAUUACUUGGCUUUAAUAAGGCUUUAAUUUUUGGCUCUGCUCUCAUGUAAAUUCAUGAGUUUAACUGGAAAUAUAAAAGCAAAUGAAGCUAAAAUGUUUUUAUGUUAUAACUUGUUGUUGUCACUUGAAAAGACUGUAUUAACUGCAUUUGAAUGUAACAUAAAAAUAAAUGUAUCAUUAAUAUAAAUAUUGGUAAUUAUUAUUAUAAAGUGACAAUGAUUGAUGGCUUGUAAUAAAAUAUAUUAUUAAACAUUAUAGUCCAUGGUUUAUUAUAAUAAAUUGACAAAUCAAUUUGAUUGCUUUAUCCAUUUGAAAUCGACAACAUAAUUUAUGGUUGUAACCAGUUGAUCAUGAGGUAAGUUGACGGGUUGAAAGAGACAUCUUUUGGGUUCUCUGGUUUUGUCUGGGUUCACUUUGGUCUUUUCUGGUUUCCUCCAUAUUAUUGUCUCUUGGUUAAGUUGGGUUUUGGUAUAAACUUGACUAAUUUAUAUUUAAAGUAACCAAUUAAAGGAAACAUGUGUUGUGAUUUAGAUUAAACAAUGAAUCUCAAUUAAUCUUCUGGUAAAAGUGAGCAUGAAAAAUACGUUGAACUGGUGAGUCUUGAUUGCCUGGCUAAAAAUGUAAUGUAAGAUGAAUCACAAUCUUCAUUAAUGAUAUAACAGGGUAAAGAUUUA